AUGAAACGCUCGCACCCCGACGGCUCGGAGAACGACUCCGCGGUCACGGCGACGCGCGCGCUCGCGCGCGACGCGCACGUCGCGCGCGUCGCGCCGUCGCCCGGUGGAUCCUCGGUCGUCCGCCGCGCCGCCGCGGAGCUCGCGAUCGACACCGAGGACGAGCUCAGCGACGAGGAGCUGCGCGACGAGGACGUCGCCGCGCUCGAGGAGGAGGAGGAGGAGGAGGAGGACGCGAAGGACGACGCGCGCCGCGGCGGUAACGGCGGCGCCGGCGGCGAGGCGUUCGCGGACGCCCCGGACACGGUCCCGCAGGAAGAGCUCAUCCGGCGACGACUCGGUCGAAUGAAGGAGCUGCACUCGCUGUACAACGCGCAGUACUGGCGCCUGCUCGAGGAUCUUCGACGGCGGCACUACCGGUACACGCUUCGGAACGGGCACGGGGGGAAGAAGGAAGACGCGAGCGCGGAGGCGGCGGAGCGCGAGAGGGAGGGGCUCCCGAGCCAGUGCGAUUCCGAAGGAUGCGACCGAAAGCCGCUGCCGCUGUCGCGGCACUGCUUGGAUCACAUCCUGUUAGAUCCCAAACAACAGCUGUACGUCAAGGGCGUGGACGGAGAGGAGGACUGCGGGCCGGUGCUGUGGACGGAGGACGAGAGCGGCGGAGAGGCGGGGGGGGUGGCGAAGGCGGAGGCGACGCCGGCGUGA